AAGAACAGAGCUCCUCUAUCAAUGGGGACCCAAGCAAAACUAGUUGUAGAAUCUCCUUUCUUCAACGUCUCUCCUAAUAUUGUUAGCACUUUGGAUAGCAAUUCGAAGUUCAGUCAUCGCUCAUCCUUAAGGUUUCAGACAUUGACCACUCGACGACGAGUUUCAUUAUCAACAGCAGCAACAACAACUCCGCAAGUACCACCACCACCACCACCACCACCCAUUCAGGAUGAGCAAAGAAAGCCACCGGAUCUUCAAUCACUUAUGCGGAGGUUCUGGAAGGUUGCUGUACCGUAUUGGUCCUCUGAUGACAAAGUUCAGGCGAGAUUGCAGUUGGCUGCUGUUUUUGCCCUUACUUUAGGAACCACUGGUAUUAGCGUUGGCUUCAGUUUCCUCGGCCGUGACUUUUAUAAUGCACUUGCCAACAAAGACCAAGAACAGUUCACCAAACAACUGUUAUACUACCUUGCUGGUUUUGCUGGUGGUAUCCCGUUUUUCGUGUUGAGAGAUUAUGCACGAGAGAAGUUAUCUUUAAGGUGGAGAUCUUGGAUGACGAGUUAUUACAUGGAACGGUAUCUGAAGAAUAAGACAUUUUACAAAAUUCAGUCUCAGUCUACCAUCGAUAAUCCAGAUCAGCGAAUUGUUGACGAUUUAAGUUCCUUUACAGGAACAGCUCUGUCAUUUUCAUUGACACUCUUCAAUGCUGCUAUAGACUUAAUAUCUUUUAGCAAUAUCUUGUUCGGUAUCUACCCACCACUUUUUGGGGUGCUUCUUGCAUAUUCACUUGGUGGAACAGCUCUCAGCGUCUUCCUUGGGAAGGGAUUGGUGAGCCUCAACUUUUUGCAAGAGAAGAAAGAAGCAGAUUUCCGCUAUGGUCUUGUGCGCGUUCGAGAAAAUGCUGAAUCAAUUGCAUUUUAUGGAGGGGAAGAGAAUGAGAUGCAACUACUGUUAAGUCGUUUCAGAAGCGCUUUUGAAAACCUGAAUCAAUUGUUGAUAUCUUCUAGAAAUCUGGAUUUCUUCACCAGUGGCUACCGCUAUCUUAUUCAAAUUCUUCCUGCCGCAGUUGUUGCACCUAUGUACUUCUCUGGAAAAAUCGAGUUUGGGGUUAUUAAUCAAUCCGUGUCCGCUUUCAAUCAUAUUCUUGGUGAUUUCUCUCUCAUUGUCUAUCAGUUUCAGGCUUUAAGUGCCUUUUCAGCCGUCAUUGACCGACUAGGUGAAUUUGAUGAUGUUUUGGAUAGCAACAGCAAAAAAGGUGAUCAAGACUCCAAGGAAAAGAUCCAACUUAACUUUUGCUUAAUAAGUUCUUCCAAUGGGCUACACUCAAAUGGAUCUAUGCCUCUUUCCAAGCGUGUAAAAUUACUUCAUGUUGAACACUUGACUGUACAGACACCAAGUGAAGCAACUCUAAUUAAGGACUUGUCUUUUGAGAUUUUUGAGAAGGAUCACUUGCUGGUUACAGGACCAAGUGGAAGUGGUAAAACUUCAUUGCUGAGAGUGAUAGCUGGUCUUUGGAGUUUCGGGAAUGGAGCAAUUACAGUUUAUGUCAGACCUAGAGGAGACCUGGAAAUGCUGCACUCUCCAGAUGUAGUUUCUUAUCAAGUGACUUCAACUAAUGAGACCAUAGGGGAUUCCACAGGACGUAGAAAUUUUGAAGGCGUAAUUUUUCUUCCUCAAAAACCAUAUAUGGUUUUGGGAACCCUUCGACAACAGUUGCUGUAUCCUACAUGGACCGAAGAUUCAGAUAACUUGUCAGAUGAUGCUAAACAAAGUGAUUCUGUUCCAUUCUUGAUGCGUGCACGGGAUGCAAGGUGUGUGAAUGAAAGAUCAAAGAAGCCUACAUCAGAGGAUCUACUACAAGUUCUCAAUGAUGUAUCCCUUGGACACUUGUUAUCUCGUUUUGACGGCCUAGAUUCAACACAUGAGUGGUCGAGCGUUCUUUCCCUUGGCGAGCAACAGCGCCUUGCCUUUGGCCGCUUAUUGCUUUCAAAACCAACUUUGGCUCUGUUGGAUGAGUCUACUAGUGCUCUUGAUGAAGCCAAUGAGGCACGUCUAUAUCAGCUAAUCCAAGCUGCAGGAAUCACGUAUAUAAGUAUUGGCCACCGUAGAACCCUCUACAAAUACCAUAAAAAGGUCUUACACGUAUCUACUGCUGAUAGUACAAGUACCCAACAGAAUUGGAGCUUUAAGGAUGUAGAGGAGGACCCAAUAUACGAUUUUUCGAAGCAGUAAUUCAUACAAAUAAUUUUUUCCUUUAGUACAUGAUACUAAUGCUUGGAUGCUAAUAGGAUUCCACUCUGCUCAUGGGGAAGUUUCCCAGAAUUUAAUCUUGACUAUGCUGUUACUGUAUGGUCAAUGGGGAUUGGGGACUGGACAUGGACGUUAUUAGUGAAUGCAGUACAACUUUUGAGAAGUACUUGAUGAAUGUAUCCCAAAAUGUCAUUUCAACUUUUUCAUACAAUUAAGAAACGUAUGAAAUCAUAUGAUACACAUUUUCUGUUUUCUAUAUAGUUCAUGUUCUAUAU